AGCAGGCAGAUGCAACGACUUCCGAUUUUCAGACAGCAACAACGUAACUGUUCUACCAAAGAAGAGAGCAUUAUGAAGUUCCUUUGAUCUGUGUCCUUCUCUAUCUAUUUUCUCUCUCUUCGCAUGAGAGAGAAAGAGCGAAGACCCAAUUGACAAUUCAAUCCCAAAAUGCAAUUGAAAUCCCUCAACUCCUUCGUUGUCGCACUAAUAAUGCUGGGUUUCGCAGUUCUCAUCCUCUUCUUCUCUGGUUUUCUCGAAUUCCCAUCUGCCUCCUCUCCGAUCCCUUCGGCUAAACAUUCUCGAUUGUCCUCCGAAUCUGAACCGGACCCAUUUAGGGACUUGUUGGGUGCGUUCAAGAAAUGGGACUCUCAAGUGGGUUGUUCUCUGUUCAGAGAAAAGCAUAAGGAGUUGUUGAGAAACGAGUCAUCAUCGUCGUCUUCUUCUUUGCAAGAUGUUGAUGGUGAAUUGGAGUGUAGCGAGUUAAAGAUGAGUCAUGUUAGUGUUUUGGUUAAAGGGUGGACUUGGAUUCCUGAUAAUUUGGAUAAUUUGUAUCCAUGUCGAUGUGGGACGAGCUGUUUAUGGACCAAAUCUUCGAUUCUUGCCGAUAAGCCUGAUGCUUUGUUGUUCGAGACAACAACACCUCCACUUCAGAGACACAAUGGAGAUCCACUGCGCGUAUACAUGGAUCUUGAGGCUGGCAGGAAGCGAUCAGGUGUUGAGGACAUUUUUAUAAGUUAUCAUGCCAAAGAUGACGUUCAAUCAACUUAUGCUGGUGCCCUCUUUCAUAAUAACCGAAACUAUCAUUUGUCUUCUUUUAAGAACAAUGACACUCUUGUUUAUUGGUCUUCAUCACGGUGUCUUCCUAAAAGAAACAUAGUGGCCAAAAGUCUCCUCGGUUUGCUGCAUCACCACUCAUUUGGCAAGUGCUUGAAUAAUGUUGGAGGCCUAGACAUGGCACUCUCUUUGUACCCAGAGUGCACCAAGGAUGCCAAUACGGCUCCGAAAUGGUGGGACCAUCUACACUGUGCCAUGUCUCACUACAAAUUUGUCCUUGCUAUUGAAAACACUAUGACAGAGAGUUAUGUGACAGAGAAGUUAUUUUAUGCCCUCGACUCUGGAGCAGUCCCAAUCUAUUUUGGCGCUCCAAAUGUUUUGGACUUUGUCCCUCCGCAUUCAAUAAUAGAUGGGACUAAAUUCGGUUCCCUGGAGGAAUUGGCUAUUUAUGUGAGGGCCCUUGCUAAUGAUCCUGUAGCCUAUGCAGAAUACCAUGCAUGGAGAAGAUGUGGUGUACUGGGUAACUACAGGAAGACAUGUGCAGUGAGCCUAGACACGUUACCAUGCCGGCUCUGUGAGGCUGUGAGUAGAAAGGGUGGGAGAAAUGCAAGAGCCUCUUGAGUCUCUGCUAAUUCAUAAUUCAUUCGGCAAACUGAUGGUAAUCAUACUGUCUUUCAGAUUUUGUUUCUCGUUUUUGGGCUCUCUGUUUUCACUAGUCAAAGUGACAUGUAGGAAGAAUGGAACACAACUAGAUCAUAGAGUUUAGAAAUCUUACUUCAAACCUUAAACCCACGAACGGUUUAGUUUCUUUUGUUUACGCAUACCUAUUCUUUUUUCUCCUUAUUUUGGCAAUGCCCUGUACAAUAACUUCCUGAUUUCCAUUUCUCUGUAUAUAGCUGCAGCAUAGCUGCAGGCUGAUGACAGUGUGAACUUUGAAUUGUGAACUUUAAGCCCAUGGCAUUGUAAAUUUAAGCCUUAUUUUCCGAACCCAA